AUUAAAUUCGAACGAACCGUAGUUUUUCACUUUCAGCUUUCGUCUUUCAGUUUCAGUGACAUGUGACAAUUGACAUUGACAUCUAUCAAAAUCGGGUAUCCGAAAUCUAUCAUUUGCGUUUUCCUUUGAUUUCAUUCGAUGAAAAAAUGAGAACUAUGUUGAAAACAUUAAUUGCAGCUACGAAUUUGCCUGUAAGGCGGUAUGCAGUGCGCUUUUGUUCUAGUGAUGCACAAACUAAGUCUAAAACAGAUGAAAAACAAGCUGCAGCUAAUGAAUCAGAAUCGGAGCCGGCCAAAAUAGAAGUUGUCAAAAAAAAUAUUGUUGUUGAAAGAUUCGGUUCCGUUAUGACACUGAACAUAGACCGUCAAAAAACGAGGAACAGUCUGGACAUAGUGACACUUAACGAAAUGACCGAAGCAAUAGAUGCCUUUGACAACGAUCCCGAAGCCAAAGUUCUAAUAUUUAACGGAGAAGGUGGCAGCUUCUGUUCCGGAUUCAACAUGGACGAUAUAGCAACACAUGGAUAUAACAAUUUAAAAGAUGCUGCGAUACGUUUGGAAAGAAGACCUCUCUGUGAUAAGAUCACGAUAGCGGCAGUGUCAGGGUAUGCAGUGGCGGAAGGGUUUGAGUUGGCCCUGUCAUGCGACUUGCGAGUCAUCGAGGAGACUGCUGUACUUGGAUGCCUGGGCAGGAGAUUUGGUGUUCCCCAGUCCUUAUACGGUCCUCGCAAGCUGACUUCGUUGAUUGGAUUGUCUCCUGCGCUGGAUCUGCUCAUCACCGGCCGCUUGAUCUCGGGAGUGGACGCCAAUCGGCUGGGACUGGCGUGUAAACUCACUUCUACGGGCACAGCUCUAGGCGAGUCGAUAAAAUUGGCGAAGUCGUUAGCGAAGUUCCCGCCGAACGCGAUGGUGAUGGACAAGAUGGCGGCUAUCAACUCCCAGCUGAAUCCCAACUCCGAGGAGAGCAUGCGGGACGAGGCCAUCAUGCAGAGCCUGCUGGGAAACGCCAUCGAAGACAUGAAGGAAGGAGUCAAGAAGUUCCAAGCAGGUAUAGGCAAGCACGGCAAGUUCUACAAGUUAAAAGAGCUGCCAUUAAAAGACUGGGAACUGGAAGACACCGAGGAACAAGUCACCAUCAAACUGAAGGAUUCAGAGAAGGAGGAGGGGAAAGACAAAUGAAAUGCUACCUUAUGUGUAGAGGAUAAGACUUGUUUUGCUUUGUUUGUAAGGUAAUGGAAAGGUUU